AUGGUCAUUCGUACCAAUAAUUACGCUCGGAUGUUGAAAGAAUUAUUUACUGCACAAUUAAGUCGAAUGACGAGAUGGAAAGACGUCAGUAGAGAGGAAUUGAAAACAUUUUUUGUAGUAAUAAUCUACAUGGGUCUCAAUCCUAAGCCGUCCAACGAGCACUACUGGAAAUUAUACGUGCUUUACUAUAAUCCUCUUAUGCAUAGUGGUCCUACCAAAUUUAUUCCGGCAUUUCGCAUCAGUGAUAAACCUGGCUCAACAGUGGUACAGCUCACAGAGCCGCUUUUAGAUGCAGGUCGUAUUAUCGUUGCAGACAACUAUUAUACCACUUCGCCAUUGGCUGAGUAUCUAAAAGGUCGCAAUACUCAUUUGUGCGGUAAAAUAAAAGAAAUUUGCCAGAAGAAGUGGUAA